AAACAGGCUACUCAGGAAUGCAAACCAAAAUGGCGAGAAUCAAAACUUCAAUAAAACUUGGAAAUGUAGACUAUUUACGCGCGUAGUGUAUACCUACGCAAUAUUUAUGACAACGUGAAGUAUUGAUGACUCCUUUCACCAAGUACGGAUAUGUUUAUUCUGCACAAUACGCCACUUUUGAAGCCGUUUAGGUACCGGAAGUAACUCAUUUCAAACUUUUUUUUUAUUUCCUCACAUCACACUCACUCACUCACAGUGGAAUUAAUCACAUUAGCAAAAUGACAGAAACGUGAUGGAUGACACGUCUAACACCAUGACCAUCUUACUAAACUGUUAAAGAGUGUCACAAUGGAUGAACACUCCCUGAAUGAACUCUUAGAGUGUUCAGUUUGCCUUGACGUGCUAGACGUCACUUCUAAAGUUCUACCCUGCCAGCAUACUUUUUGUAAACGCUGUCUUGAAGAAAUCGUAGGAACUAAGCAAGAGCUACGAUGCCCAGAAUGCCGAUUGCUGGUCGAGACUCCAGUUGAGGAGUUACCGUCGAAUAUCUUGCUGAUGCGACUUCUCGAACAAAUAAAGACUGGCAACAAAAGUAGUAAAACGGGUUCUCCGAACCAUGGAUCAUCAAGUUCGGCAUCAACUGUAACACGUCUCCCAAUAAGUACAAAGGUUGUACCAGCUAUCAAUCAGCCAUGUGCUAAAGCACUGUAUAACUAUGAUGCCAAAGAACCAGGGGACCUGACAUUUAAGAAGGGGGACAUUGUUAUUUUGAGAAAACAGGUUGAUGAAAAUUGGUUCCAUGGAGAGCACGGCGGACUACAUGGCUUCUUCCCUGCUACUUAUGUACAGAUCAUUACUCCGUUGGCGCAGGAGAUGCCACAAGCCAAAGCUUUAUAUGAUUUCCAGCUGAAUGAUGGAGAAAAUGAAAAAGACUGUCUGACUUUUAAAAAGGAUGAGAUGGUUACGGUCAUCAAGAGAGUCGAUUCCAAUUGGGCAGAGGGCAAAAUGUCUGAUAGAAUUGGAAUAUUCCCAAUGUCGUUUGUUGAGAUGAAUGAUGCUGCUAAGUCUCUGAUCAACAAAAACCCUAUUCCAACCAAACUCAGCAUUCAAAAUGUUCAGGCGACAACAACAACGACAUCUCCCACAGUGGCCAACACAUCAUCUCGAUUUAACCAGCCUCAACUUUCGUCCAGUUCCAUCGGCAUGGUAACACAUAGAACAAAUAUAAAUCCUGCUGCCGUUCAAAGAUCACCAAAGCGACACUCCUUAAAUACUCUCAGCCCAACUGAAGCGAUUGUACCGAGGACUUCACAGCGCCACUCUAUGGAAAUCACAAGUAGUGUUACCAUAACAACAGCAAUAGGAAACAAUUUGGUGCCAGCCUCAGCUGCUAUAGUGACAUCUAGUGUCAGCCCACCACAACUGUCGUCUUCCAUCAUAGUGUCAAAACCAAGCUCACAAUCGUCAAAGGUGCCUGUCCCCCAAAGUGUGAGAACUGCUGCUAGCAAUGGUGCCCCAGAGACAUUGAUUCCCCCUCCCCCAGGAUCCCCAGCAUUAUUUGUAGCCCUAUACAACUACAAACCUGCAAAGGGGGAUGAACUUGAGAUCCGCAAGGGGGAGUAUUACACUGUCCAGGAAAAAUGCCAGGAUGGAUGGUUUAAGGGGCUAUGUUUGCGUACCGGGAAUGUUGGUGUUUUCCCCGGAAAUUAUGUACAAAUGGUCAAGGCACCUUCUGUGCUUAGAAAUGCUUUACUACCAACUCCUGUCUCCAGUACUUCAUCCCGGAGUAGCCAAUCAGGGUCAUCCACACCACCAGCUCAACCAAUCACAGCCCUGAGUCACCUGCCAAUCAGUUUGAAUCGUCCCACCCUUGGUACAGGAUUGGUUGACCCCAGUGCUAGUUCAGACUACAAGGUCAGCAAAGGUCAAGGUUCACAAGGUCAAACCCAGGUCACCGUAUCUCCUCGUACUCCCACAGGGGCAAGUCAUAUCAAAACUGUUCCAGGAUUAGUAAAGCCGCACAGUAUUGCAGUCUCAGUGUCAAAAUCUCCUGUAAGUUCUACUGGAUUACUCUCAAACUCUACUGGAUUACACUCCGCAGCUAUGGCUUCUACGGCCACAUCACAGUCGACUGUCAGCACGACGCCAAGUGAUGGCCCGCCCUCUGGUGCUAAAUCUGCACCCACUAAACAUAGUGGUACAAAAUCAAUACCAAAAAGUUCUGCCUCUGCGGGAUCGAAACCGACAAAGACUCAGUCGGAUAAAAUCUCCAAGCCUUUGCCCCCUGCCCCACAAAAUGAGGGGACGGGAAAACCAGCAGUACCCCUACCUCGUUCUGAUAGUUCUCCAUCGCCACGUUCUGAUGUUCACCGUAGCAACAGUUCUAAAAACAGUAAAAUCUCGCAAUCCAAAGAUAUAAAUGUCUCAAUGAAAGGUCGAUCAUCACCGAUUAGUUCCACUACUGCCCCAAAGGUGUCACCACGUGUGACAGGAAAUACCGUCGUACCACAUCAUACAACUACGGGAGCAUCAAGUGUCCCGUUACCACUCAAUACACCCGUCUCAACCAAAGAAAAGAGAGAGAAGCGUGAAAAAAUAAGCCUUAUGAAGAAGCUUAAAGGGAAAAUGUCAAAACCUGAAAGUCCUCCAAGUGAACAGGACCUGAGUGCAAUUCAUGUCAGAUCAGCUUCAACACCAAUAGAUGGGGCUGCAGAAGGGGCAGUGGCUCCACCUUUACCAAGUCAUAAAAAAGCGUCAUCGGUUGAUGCGUCCAUAGUUCCUCCAGCUAGACCUUCCAAACCAAAACCAAUGAUCAGAGAGAGGUACAGAUGUAUAGUACCUUAUCCCCCACAAGGAGAUGUAGAGCUAGAACUGAAAGUUGGCGAUAUUAUAUAUGUGCAUAAAAAGCGGGAAGACGGCUGGUUUAAAGGAACAUUACAAAAGAAUGGAAAAGUUGGAUUAUUCCCCGGCAGUUUUGUAGAGAGCUGCUAGAUCUGUAAGAUUGCUCGCAGUUUUAAUAAGGCUGUUCUUUGAUAAGUUAUUGAUUUGCGACGUGUAAAAUUCUCAUAUUGGAGCAAUUAUAGCAAAUUUUGGCCAAAAUAACAACUGACAUGUUUAAAGUAUACCAAAUACUUCAGUUUCUGAAAACCUAUUCCUGUGUUUGUGAUUUAUUUGUACAUCGUUUUUUGAUUCAACUGCUUAUCAGUUAUGAGCUUCCUACCACAAUUCGUAUUGUUGCAAUCUACAAUACAUUGUAUUAAUUGUAAUUAUUAUGCAAUUCUAUUGCUUUGAAUCUUUGUUAUUUCAUACAGUAAAAGUGUAAGUCAUCCGAUCAUUUACAUGUUAUAAAUUCUCUUAAGUCUUUCAAAUCUGAAUUUAUGAGCAAAAUUUUAAAGUAAAAUAUUGAAAACUCACUAAUUCAAACAUGUCUCUGUGAAAGCUUCUCUCGAUGCCUUUAAAAUCUGUCAUGAGCUUCUCUCUUCAAAAAAGCUUAAAUUUGAAAACCUGCAAAUCCAAACACUUUUAUCUGAUCCCAAUGGCGUUUGGAUUAGACAGGUUUUACUGUAUUUAAUAUACACGAUGUUAUCAGUGCUUUUAAACAUACAAUAUUAACUUGAUUUUUAAACAUACAAUAUUAACUGUUUUUCUCUGUUGUGAAAACAAUGGCUCAAUUUAAUUUUAUUUCUAAUUAUGCUCAACACCAUGUCAAUUCAUAUGUCAAUACUAAGUUGAUAAAAUAAACCUUUCUCUUAUU